AAUUAUAAACAAAUAUGUCCACCGGCAUUUGCGCAGAAGCGAAAUAAUAUUAUAAUCAAAAAUACCUCUCGGAAUUUGUGCUCGCUAUUAAAUCAUGGGCUCUGACAACAGCACUAGCACUGCUACAGGGGCCGCCAAACCACCGGCUGGAGCUGACCGCAACCGUUCUUCUCCUUCGUGCUCGUCAAUCAGUAGCGGCGACAUUCCGUACACAUUCUACACUGUUGGACGACCUAUUGGUGAUUCUCCAAAACACCAGCCAAAAGGCAGAAAUCGCUUGCAUGGCUCACCACAGCAGAAAAUAAGAGAGCGGGCAAUUCCCAAGGACAUUGUGGUGGUCAAAGAAGGUGUACACCAUCAGCAUUCAAUAGCUUCUGAUCCCGACUUGAUGGCACUACAAGAGAAUCCAACGUUCCUUCCCAUCAUGCGAGGUGCACUUAAUGUUCCCUCUACUAGCAAUCUGGAUGCAUUGGAUAAGCUUGACUAUAGACAGGUGCUGCUGCUGUGUAUGCGGUAUCAGGAGCACUUGAGGAAGAGCGCAGAUGUUGUGCAGAAUGAGCAGAACGUUAUAUCCAACAGAAUACCUGGUAUUGACUUUGCAAUAUCAACACUGACGAAUAUGCUUACGGACAGACAGAAAAAAUAUGCCAAGCAUGCUGAAAAGAUGCAGAGAGUACACGAUAUUGCAUUGACACUCAAUAAAUCACAGCGACACAUGGAGCAGAUUAUGGGUCUUCUGCAAGAACUCAACGAAAUGCUGCCUGAUGAUCAGAGGUUCGAACCGUUCAGUGUUUUACCACUAGAGGUGUCAGCCUCCACAGAUGGCUCCUCCUCAAGGCAUUCGCCAGUCUCGUGAGAAAUGGUGUUACUAGGAGCAUAGUAAUUUCGGACAAAAACAACAGCCGUUCAUGCAGAACGAUAAGCCUAAUUCACCUGUUUUAUACACAGCAUUACUGCUUGAACGUUUAUUAUAUAUAUAUAUAUAUGUAUAUAUAUAUAUAUAUAUAUAUAUAUAUAUAUAUAUAUAUAUACAUAGUAGAUACUCAUGCCCUCUGGUUGCAUAUUUUUUUUUUGCAAUCUGCAAUCCAUGUUUUAAAAUCCUCUUUAGGCAUGUUGUGUAGUUCCCAAUUUGUCUUCUGAGUAAUUUCUGUUACUAGAUUCAUGUGUUUUAAUAUACUAACCUAUAUAUACCAUUUACAGUGUCACAAAUAUGUAUGUAUAGGUGUCAUAAUAGUGUCAAUGAUGUACUAUGAAAUUAUGGAAUGUGAACUCCGUUUUUUUAUUGACUUCAAUUGUACAAUUGGAGAUGCUUUCCAACAAAAAUAAUUUGUUGCUAAAAGAAAAAAUGGAAUGAAAAUAAAAUCAAAAUGUGCAUUUUAUCAAAUGUAA